AGUUGUCAUUGUAGAUAAUACAAAAUUUUAAGUGUCCAAUAAUAAAUAUAAUGUUUUUUAUAACGUUAUCUAAAUUCACAAUAUUUAAUAUUUCUAAAACAUGUCUAAAACACGUAAAAAAAUGUUAUAGUAUAUUCGGCAUCAAAGAUUUAUUGAAUCAAGAGAAGUUUGAGAAUUUCACAAUCGUUCCCGUGACCAGUGAAUAUCAUGCACCUGCCAUGGACAUCAUCAAACGACACUUCCUCAGCGAGCACGUGCUAGUGAGAGCGCGCUGUAUGGACCUGAGCAAUGACAGGGCGCUCGAUGAAUAUCUUAUUAGCUUAUUUAUACAAGGGAACACGCUGUUGGCAAAAACGGAUGACGAUAAAAUUGUUGGUAUAUGCGUCGGGUUCGCGAGCAGUCCAGUGGAUCCGAGAAAUCUUCAGAACUAUGCGUUCUACAGGCAAGAUCCUAAUACUAAAGAUUUCCUGUCCUUCACGGCUAAGCUACAGGAGACACCAAACUUAUGGGACAUAUUCAAACAGCAGAAAAUAUAUGAAAUUAGAAUGUUGACAGUAGUGCCCGAGUAUCGCAGACAAGGUUUGGCGGUGCUCCUAACUGAGAGGUCCAAGGAGCAAGCACACGAUCAGGGAUACAAAAUCUUACGGAUGGAUUGCAUAAACUCAUAUGAUUACAAAAUUGCAGAGAGAUGCAUCCUUCAGUGUCUAGUGAAAUUCCCUCUGCACAAACUUCGUGGCACUAACGCCUCAUACAUACGGCGAAGUUCAAAAUACAACCGAUGUGUUCGGGUGUAUGUGCAAGCGAGACUCGAGGACACCCCAGACCGCGAAACGGUCAAGCAACGUUCAAUUGAACUUGAGAAUGUUAUGGAGUAAAAUCUAAAAAAAAACAACAAGUAAUAUAAAAGGGAUAAAAAUAAAAAAUAUCUUUGUUUUUAAUUGUGAUUUUUUUAUAUAAUUGGAAUGGCAAAGCUGAUCAUAAUCGUAAAAUAUCGUUUAUGUACACGAACAGAACAGAAUUACGGACGUCACGUUAUCAUGUAAAUCUAUCACAACUCAUGAGGUGCUAUUGUCAUAGUACCUCACUACUAUACCUGUAAAUUCUACCCUAUAACCGAAACACAGGUCACAAAGCCACCUACUUAGCGGCUGAAAUGGGUGACAACCUCAUGUUCUAUUCAAUAAUAAGUGGCAAACAAAGUCUAUAUACAUGAACAUCACGUUAAGGUAUCACAUGGUACACGCAUAACACAUGGUAAUGAUUUGUGAUUAUAUCCUUCUUAUAAUAAUGAUCCAUAUUUCGAACACACUAAAAGGAAAACUGCUAGAAACUGCUGCUGAAGGAGACAGCAUUAAUAGAAUCCUAAAUCCUCCUGUCCUUGUAAAAUUCAAUAAUUGAAAUCCAAUUUUUGUAUGCAUAUAUAAUAAUAAUAAGCACUAGUAGUGUAAAAAGAAAAAAUUGAGUUGUCGUGAGCCACUUCUUGUUUGAAGUUCAAAUGGAUUAGGCAGUAAGAUAGAAAUAUCGUUAAAAAUAAAUGUUUAUUUUUUCGAUAAGACAAUCUUGAUUUUUUAAUAUAACAAUGAGUAUGUAUAAUAAUAUAUAUACCAUAAUUACACAAAUUAUUUUCAAAUACAAAAAAAUAUCUAUUCAUAACUAGAGAUAAUAAAUUCAUACAGCCUUUUCUUAUAAACAUAGAGUAAAUUCAGUAGAACAGGAAAAUAUAAUGCUAUAAUAUACAUUAUACAUUCCAUCCUUAAUUAAUAUACAUAUGUGAUAGCCAUCUAAUUAAACAUCUCUGUACACAUAUUGUGACCUAUACAGAAAAGAGAGCAUAUUGUCAAUGGAGCCGAUAUGUUUGUAUUGUUUUGGGUUUGUAUUUAUUUAUUUUUAUUAUUCUUAAUUUAGUACAAAAUUAUUAAACCAUUUCUUUUUUAUCUAGAAACUAUUACAUAAACUUAAUAUUCAUGUGUUUUUGUAAAUAGUUAGUAGGCACAUCGGUAGAAAUAAAAAAUAUAAUUUAUGACGAUUACACGUAAUUUAAGAACAGUUCCUCAGCAACUGUAGUAACAUAUGUAUGUACGACUGUUUCAAUGUAGAAACCAUCAAGGAUAAUACAUAUGUAUCAUCACAUUCGAGGACACUAUCCCGUUUAUUAUAUAACACGUUAUAUUUUUAUUAACGAAUUAGUUCACUUAUUCAAUAUUGUUUAUUUUUAACAAGAAUUUACGGAAUAAUGCAAAUCUAACCAAACUCGGUAUGCAAGAUUUUAAAUUACACACAUUUUCAUGUAAAUGAUGUUAAAAAUAUAAAAAUAAAAAAUAAACUUGGAGAUACUACACAAUAAAAUCUAGUCCCAAAUCUUACAUACAUACUAUCGAUCGACUAUACAUACUACAUACCUUAUAUUAAUAUAUAUAUACAUGGUAUACAUAAAAUAUAUGUUGUUAGAAUGAAUAAAAUUUCCAGCAUAUAUUGAGUAGCUUUUAUCGGACAGCUAAGCCUGUAUAACUUAUUGUUUGUACCCAUUAUAAUAAAAGGAAACCCAAAAUAUUAUGUGAAUUUUAUCACAAUGCAUGGGUACCACAAUCAAAACUGCACCCGAAUAAGGUGUAUCUAAGAUUAGCAAUGGCUAUCAAAUGUUAUCAAUAAAUAUUUAUUUAUUUUAGCAGCUAUGCACGUCAAGUUUAUUGUAUUAAUAUUUUUUUUUUGCCUAAUUAUUGAUUUGGGUACUGUUACCUUGAUAAAAUCCCUC